AUGAAAGAACGAAUUGAAUUAAAAAUUAGUUGUAAAAAACUUGAUGUUCUUUCAAAUAGUGCUCUCCAAGUCUUGUUAUCAGUAAAAGAUGCCAAAACACAGAAAUGGAGACCAACAUCUUAUAAAACUGAAGUCAUAAAGAACAAUUUAAAUCCAACAUUUGUAACUGGGUUUGUUGUUGAUUACGUAUUUGAAGAAUUACAAGAAUUUAGAUUUAUAUGUGUAAAUGAUACAAAUCGAGAGCAUCAAGACUUUAUUGGCCAAUUUGAAUGUGAUUUAGGAUCAAUUGUUGCCAGUGAAGGGGGAAAGAUGGUGGGAUUUUUGACUUCACCUAAUCAUCCUGGUAAAAAUCAUGGACUAAUAAUUAUUUCAGCUGAUUCUAAAAGAAAUCUAAAAUUACAGUUUCAAGCAUGUAAUAUAGUUAACAAGGGGAAAUUUUUUGGAGCAAAAGCAACUACAUUUUUGGUUAUUAGUAGAGCAAAUGAAAAUAAUACCUUCUCACCAGUUUAUGAAUCAGAUGUAGUUUCUUCUUCUAGUCCAUGCUGGAAAGAACUUUACAUAAGAGAAUCUACUUUAUGUAAUGGUGAUUCUGAUGCAGAAUUACAAUUACAAGUCAAACAAUACAAAAAGGAUGGAGAACAUAUACUUCUUGGAGAAUGCUCUGUUACACUUCGAGAGAUUAUGGGAAGAAACAAAAUAUUUCCAUUGAAACUUCAACCUGGCUCACAGAGAAAAAUUUCAAAAGAUGCAAACAUAACAGUUGUUAAAGCUUUGGUACCCCCAAGUUUUUUGGAUUAUAUUGCAGGUGGCACAAAAAUUCGUCUUAUGGUAGCAAUUGAUUUUACAGAAUCAAAUGGUGAUCCUAGAAGUCAAAGAAGUUUACAUUAUAGUGGCGGAAGAGAAAAUGAUUAUCAACGAGCCAUCAGAACAUAUGGUUAUGAUAGAUUAUUUUCUGUUUAUGGAUUCGGUGCAAAAUUUAAUGGAAUAUUGUCUCAUGCUUAUCCUCUUAAUAAUGAUCAUCAGAAUCCACAAGUUGAAGGCGUAGAAGGCAUGUUGUCACUAUAUUUACAAACAUUAAAUACUGUUGAAUUAUAUGGACCAACCAAUUUUUCUCCAAUUAUAAAGCUGACAGCUAACAAAAUUGAAUCAGAAUUAGGAACAGGGAACGUAAAUGGUGUGAUAACAGAUAUGGAUUUAACAAUUCGUUCUAUAAUUAAUGCAAGUUCACUUCCACUUUCAAUUGUUAUUGUUGGUGUUGGUGACGCAGACUUCUCAUAUAUGGCUAGGCUUGGAGGUCCAUUAGUUUCGAAAUCUGAUGAAGCAUUAUCUGGAACAAUUGGGAGAAGCAUAGUACAAUUUAUAGCUAUGAAAGAUUAUCAAGCAGAAGCAGCUGGAUAUUCAUUGCCAAAAGUAUUACUAGAAGGAAUACCAGAUAAAUUUUUGGACUACAUGAAUAAAAACAAGAUUCCACCAAAAUCAAUAAACAAAGAAACAUAG